AGCGGUACGGAUUGACAGAACGAUGAAGUGGCUUGGUGCAAGUAGCGCUGGUGCUGCGGGAGAACCGGCACCCUCGAUGCAAUUGCACCAUCCUUCUGCGAACGGACAUAUACCCACGGAUGCAGAGCAAUGUGGACAAGUAAUGGCUGGUGGAGAUAGUAUGCGUAUUCAACCUGGUCAAACCCAUCAAAUAGGUGUAAACAGAACUCAAGAUGAUGCUAUGGUUGGUUAUGUAUUUCAACGACCUACAGAAGCAGAAUUUAAUGCCCAGUCUUCAGCUUUUCAAACAAAACAAGCUCCUCGUGCCUGGGCUCUGGCAGAUGAUGCAAUUAUUGAUAAUAAUCCAGAGAAAUGGAAGUAUCCUAUUACUAAACUGAGUAUGCCACAACAGAAUCAACCACAACAAUUGGGACUUCAAACAAUGAACAAUGUGCAUGUACCAUAUGAAAUUCAUCCAAUGCAAUUAAAAAGUGGAGCACCAGGAGCAGAGCACUUAAUUUAUCUCAAUAAUCAAAUGACAGCUCAGCAACAGGUAGCUCUAUUUCAUCAUCAGCAACAGCAACAACAGCAACAGUUCAGGAAUGGACAGCUCGCUCCCUCGGCAAAAAAGCUUUGGGGCGUGGACGAGGGUGGCUCCAAGGACGAAGGGGGUGUAAAAGGUGGUGGGAUACUUCACCUGGGCGACCACCAGAUGUGGCGAGAUUCUACCUGGAGCACCUCAGAUCAUGCCGUUUCACAACCAAUUUCCAUGGGCACAGGUAGACGUGUGGGUGUUGGGACUGGUUACCACCAUCAAACAUCAGAAGUUGGAACAGUCCUUAGCCCUAGGAGCAGCGAAACUGGUGGUCUGGGGGUUAAAAUGGUCGAGUAUGUUCUUGGAUCAAGUCCUACGACACCCAAGGAUUUGGAGUCCAGGAUGGCUUCUUUGAGAUUGAACACCGAUGCAGACAAGAAAGAGAAAGAGAAGGGUUCGGCAAGCCCUUUUGACGGUUCUAAAGACGAUACAGGCCCACAAAACAACGGAUUAGCGUCUCAAAAUGGUCUCGACGAUGACAAAGGAUUUAAUCGUACGCCAGGGAGUCGUCAACCCUCACCAGGCGAAGAAGAAUUUCAAAAGAACGCGGCAGCUACUCUGGCUGUAAGCGCUGGAGGUGGAGGAGUCGUGCUGCUAAAACCCGGCGUCGACGUUGUCGGCAGCGAGGAACAUUUCAUGGCUGCGUUCGCACCAGCACCGCCUCAUCAUCUACAACAUCAUCAGGCACCACCUACGCAUCAUCUACAGCAUCCACAUUCGCAUGCCGCCCAACUCUUUGGAGCACAGGCUCCUCCACCCCCACAGGGUCCACCGCCAUCUCAGCAACAGCAACAACAACAGGGACCCCCUCAGCCACAAGACACCACCACUCACUUUGAUGUACAGCAACUGUUUCGUAGUCAGCCACAAGGAGCCACGCCACAGCAACUGCAACUGUUACAACAGCAGCAGCAACAACAGCAGCAACAGUACUUGGCGGCGUCGCAGGCCCAACAACAACAGCAGCAGCAGCAACAGCAGAACUUUCCCACGGCACCUUAUACCGUGAUCAGCGGCCAAGAACCGUACGUCGGUGCACUGAUAGCUGGAGCACCACCUCCAGUGGUGCCACAGUAUUAUGGAGUCGCGCCAUGGGUUUAUCCAGCUGGAUUGCUGCCGCAAGCACCUCCUCAGGCUGCGGCUCCGCCACCACCCAGGCGACCACUGACACCAUCCUCGGCCGCAGCGGCAGCAGCCGCCGCCCAAGACACUGCAAAUAAUUUGGCACAGACAGUUCAAGGCCAAUACCAGGUGAUACCAGCGUAUUAUGAUCAAAACGGUUCCAUAUUGAUGGGAGGGGUCCGUGGCUUAAGCUCGGCAGCAGCCCCCAUGAGAUUAGUCAGUCCAGCACCAGUUUUGGUAAAUAGAGCUCCGUCACAACCACCACCAGGGCCACCGGCUCCACCACCACCGAGUCUUUAUUCACAACCGACACCGACGUCGCACAGUAAUGCAACACCUGGAGAAUGUUUGGGUCUGGCGGCGUGCAGUGCUGCAGCAGUGGUAGCUGCACAAGCUCAAGCGGUCGCGGUGCAGCAGGCUCAGCAACAAGGAUCAGGACUAGCCGCGGGUUUAGCGGCACUAGGAUACGGAGGCUCUCCUCUGGGAGCACUGGGCUCGCCUGCUCAGCUUCAGAGCACAGGUCUGGGUCUUGGAGCUUCGUCGACCGCCCGAAGAGACUCGUUCGAUAGAAACACUUCUGCUUUCAGUCCUAGCUUGGAAUAUAGCAGGGCCAAGUGGCCUCAGAGUUAUGGAGCUCUUGGUACGGUAACGGCAUCACCGAGCCCAUUAGGAUUAUCCUUAACACCACCUCCAGCUCUGGGAGGGUCUUUAGGCGGACUGGUCGGCGGAGCUAGUCGUGUAUCUGCAGCUCCUGGCGCUGAAGCUAAGUUCCGUGCCAGUGCAGUUCCAGCUUUAACUGCUAAUGGAGUUUUCGGCUCUAGUAGUUCCCUCUUCCCUAACCUAGUGGGCAAACCUGGACGCGGCGGUACCACUAGCAUCGGCGACAAAAAUGCUGGAGGACGAUCGCGUUUGUUGGAAGAUUUCAGAAAUAACCGAUUCCCGAGUCUUCAGCUGCGUGAUUUAACCAAUCACAUAGUCGAAUUCAGCCAAGAUCAGCAUGGUUCUCGCUUCAUUCAGCAGAAAUUAGAACGUGCCUCAGCCAGCGAGAAGCAACUCGUGUUUCAAGAGAUUCUCACCUCUGCCUACUCAUUGAUGACCGACGUCUUUGGGAAUUAUGUUAUUCAAAAGUUCUUCGAAUUCGGUACACCGGAACAGAAAUCUACUCUGGCUCAAAAAGUCCGAGGACACGUACUGCCCUUGGCGCUGCAGAUGUACGGCUGUAGAGUGAUUCAGAAGGCUCUUGAAUCGAUCGGACCGGAACAGCAGCAGGAGAUAGUUCGGGAAUUGGAUGGACACGUUCUGAAAUGUGUUAAAGAUCAGAAUGGAAAUCACGUCGUACAGAAAUGCAUCGAGUGCGUUGAACCGCGAGCAUUGCAGUUUGUGAUUGGAGCAUUCGCUGGUCAAGUCUAUUCGUUGAGCACUCAUCCCUACGGCUGUAGAGUAAUCCAACGUAUUCUUGAACAUUGCACUCCUGAACAAACUCAAGGCAUCCUUCAAGAGCUACACGCUGCCACUGAUCAACUCAUUCAAGAUCAAUAUGGCAAUUAUGUUAUCCAGCACGUACUUGAACAUGGAAAACCAGAAGACAAGACACAGUUAAUCAGCAGUGUUAGGGGUAAAGUACUUACUCUUUCUCAACACAAAUUCGCGAGUAACGUCGUUGAAAAAUGCGUUACUCAUGCUACGAGACAAGAACGCGCUGUACUCAUUGAGGAAGUUUGCGGCUUUAACGAUAACGCACUAAACGUCAUGAUGAAGGAUCAGUAUGCCAAUUACGUGGUGCAGAAGAUGAUAGAUGUGGCAGAACCAGCUCAACGCAAAGUAUUGAUGCACAAGAUCCGCCCACACUUAGGUAGCUUGCGCAAGUACACCUACGGCAAGCACAUCAUUGUCAAGCUGGAGAAGUUCUUCAUGAAAACUGCGUCUGCGAUGGGAGUGACAACGCCUGCCGGUGCUUCGAGUGGUGGAGGUGAUCUGGGUCCAAUUGGGCCACCUGCUUCUGCUGCUGGUCCCGUUUCUACGCCAGCUCAGCAGCCAACGCAGGUUCUGUAAAAUGCGUACGAUCAUCGUGGAAUAUAACAUCUCCGAAGAUUGUCGUACGUUUUAAAAAAAAAGCGAAAAAAUCAAGCAAACACGUAUCAAGACCUACGUAAUAUUUAUUGCAACGUAUCUAUCGCCAUUAAUUUAAUAGACGAAGAGGAAAAAAGAGGAUGCAUUUUUAGCGUGCCGUCUGUAUCUCGUUGUCCCUUCUUGAACUCGUGAAAACGUAAGGAAGAAAGUAAACGAAAUUUCAAAACAAAAGGACAAGAAACACUUUUUCUUAUUUUUGCAAAAUGGUAAACAAAAGGAAACGCAAGGAUUUGUAUAAUAAACAUGACAAGAACAGGGACAACGCGAAAUCACGGUGUGAAGAGAGCAAAAAUAUUUCAAGGUCAAAUGUGUGUCGGAAAAAAUCGAUUUUUGUAGAAAAUAACGUUAGAGGUGCAGUGGCAUUUUUUUCUAUUAGUAAUCAUCUAACGUGCUGCCGAGUUAAUAUACUAUUGAUAGUGAUUUGCAUUGAAAAUAACUCAAAAAAUGUUGCACCAAGAUAUAAAACACUUCGGAGAACCAACGUUCCCUCGUAAACGUGGGAACGAGCUUUUUAAGCAGUCGUAAAAGAAACUGCAGUGCUGAGAUGGCUGAUUGUCUUUUAACAUCAUUCGUUUGAUCGAUAAUUAGUUUUUGGCCGCAUUUUCAGCACUCGCCACCAAAGUGAUCUUUUGCAGUUUUAAUCCUUGCAAAUCCUUGAUUUAUGUAAUAUUCUGUACUUAUGAAUUUAAUUGAUAGAGAUGUAUGGACCGAAUAUGAAGAAAUUUUCGUUACAUAUGAUUUGUCAUAUACUCCAGGAUAAUUAUGAAACAAGACUUUAAUACAAAAUGAUACUUCAAGUAUCGAGGUACCAAAAUCGUUAAUAGUCAGACUAUACUAAAUAUACGGAAUUGCACUCAUCCCUAACAAUUAAAAUCAAAGUAAUAGAUUAAAAAUGAAAAGGAACACACGAAGAAUGCAAGGAUUAUAAUUCCAGAAAAUGACUCUAGCGGCAAGUACCGAAAAUGCAACAGUACCACUUUCUUUUCACCUGCCAUUUUAAACGUGGUCUCUAAUCCUUCUCGUACACAUUUUUCUUAUUGUAAAAUAAUUCAUUUUUGACAGAAGAGACGCUCUAGAAGAAAGAAAUCGUUUAUAUUCGGAUUCAUCUAAAUUACCCCUUCACAAACCGUAUAUAUAUAUAUAUAAUAACCAAACACCCCUCCUUUCUCUUUUUAAAUAAUCAUAGGCCACACACGGUGAUUAUUUAAACGUAACCCAUUGUAUAUUGUAUAAAUGAUAACGUGUUCUUUGAAGGAAAAAGAAACUUCCGGAACACGUAUGUAUCUAUAUAUCUUUUUCGCGUCAUUUUUCCCCUCUGACCUUUUACACGUUCACACAUUAAGAAACAUAUAUACACAUACACGCAUACACACAUACACACUGAGUAUUUCGAUUGUAUUUAUAAUACCGAUCACGUAAGACGGUUGGAAAGAGCACCUCUCAGCUGUUUUCAAUAACACUGCACUUGUUCCUUUCGUCGGGAUUCAUAAAAGGCUACGGACAGAAGGAGGACACACAUCCCUUAUAUUUUUUUUUAUUUUCACUUUAGCUCGUUUUCGGUUAGCUUCGUUCCAUAUCGUGCAUGCAACGUUACUUUUCUUUUUGUUACGUUCCUAAUUUCCCGUCUGUAAUUAUCAGAGAUGUGCGGAUCUUGUUGAGAUGUCGAGAACUUGAACUUCGGGAAUAGAAACUUAGACCAAAAUCAGGCAAAGUCUCAAGCUAGCUCUUGUGACAGAUUUAAAUUGAAUUUUACACCUCAUUUUCAUUUUCCAAAUUUUUUUUAAUGUUACUUUCCAGUGUAAUUCAAAAUUGAUACGGUCAACAUAAGUCGAAAUAUUAUUGAAUAAUUUCGUAGGUUUGAGUUACAAUUGACGUGACAUUGGCCGUUUGAUUUUUGUCGAGUCAAUUCAAAUCCUAAAAUGUUCAACCGAUCCCGAAGCUCGAGAAGCACCCGCACAUGCCUAUUGUAAUUAUAUAUAUUUGUACACACGAUGAAACUGCGUCACCGAUUCUGUCUCCGAAAGACGCUCUUCUUUUUCUGCACGUUUCAUCGUGGUCAUUCUGUUCUUGUUCUUUUAAUCCUUUCCUUCGUAAGUAGGAUUUUUAUUCGUUCAAGACGUAUCCUUUGAGGAAGCAAACAAAACAGGGAGAGAUGUUGAGGUUAUAAAGAGAAGAGGCAGCAUUUUGUUAUUAGGAUUAUUUCCUCUGCGAAACAGCAACAAAAACAUCAGCGUUUUCGAAGCAAAACGUUUCAUCGAAAUUGCUUCACGAGUUAUGUGUAUAUAUAUAUUAAUAAUUGUUCUUUGUCGAGACGUUCCCUCGAUGAUUGUACAAAAUCUCGCCAAGUUUUUUAAAUUUGACGCUCGUACGCGCGACACAUUUUCUCCCCAUUUGUGUUUGUAACAACAUACACGUACACACACAUGCAAACACAAACACACACCCAAAUCCAGAGAAAGUAGUUCGUUGCGUGUUGCCAGAUUCUCGUAUGACCGACUAGGUAAUGAUAAGAUCGAAUUGUAUUUUAACCGUGUACAAUGUAUAAUAUUUUGUUAACUUAGGUGUUAAAUAUGUAGAAUUCUAAACGAACAAGAAAACGGGAACGGGACAAACAAAGAGAGGAACGAGAAAAGAAAAGAAAGAAAGGGACAACCGCAAAAGUAACUAAAGGUCCUCUGUCGCGCGCGAUUUUGUACAAACAAACAAGCAAAAAAAAAGGAAAAAGGAGAGGAAGAACAUAUAUAUUAUAGCAGAUUUCUUUGUAAAAUAUUGUAAAUAACGAUUUAUUAAUGAAAUUGACAAAUUCUUAGGUAAUCCUUUCUCUCUUUCUCUUUCUUUUUCUCGCGGGGACUACUUGCGGUUAGUAACGCAACCGAUUUACAAGUAGGAAAAACUAAACAAACGUUUAUAAGAGAAAAAUGCGUGAAACGCAAUGCUUAUCGGGUUUCAAAUAGAGGUGUGCGCUGAUCGUUCCGAGUCUCGAGAAGGCGAAUCUUGGGACAGGUCGUGAAAUUUCGGACGUAAUCGAAUGAGAUUUUAAACUGUAUUUAAAAACGCGCAAGUCGAGAGGUAGAUUAGAAUCGAACCAAAUUUCAGAAUUCUGAACAUCAAAUUUUGUCCGAUUCCGCUCGAAGUUUUCCGAACAGCCCUGGUCUCGAGGAUUCGAGAUCUUGCGUACCUCUAGUUUCAACUAACCUUUUUUACCUCGUUCUGACCCGAUCGUUUGAUUAAUUCAAGCAGUACUCGUGGAGAUACGAUGAUAACGUGCGCGACUAACGAUUAAUUUCCUCGCCCACACGAAUUCGAUCUCGAAUUCACAGGAAAUUGCUGAGAGGAGGCUGCUCGUUUUUUGUAGCCGUAAACACAGGGGGAAAAAAGGAAAGAAUCGACAAUGUAUGAUAUAACACAAGGGAAGAAAAAGAGUGAAAUUUCAAUAUAAAUACAGACAGAGACAUUCCAACCGCCACAUUUUUUUGCACACGUCCCUGCCCCCUCAGUCGACAGGAUAUAUAUACUCGCUGUUAAAAACCGCGGAUCACGUGGUUGUACCACGUUGUUUAACUGAUAUUUAAAUAAAUAAGGAACGGAUGAUAAGUGUUCCUUUCAUCUCUGUAAAUUGCGCGCAUCAUUUGUAAAUUAAACGUCGGAAUUAAACCAUCCCCCUCAUUUUUGUAAUAGAAAGCAUCGAUAUAUCAUCCCUGUCGAGUUUAGCAAGGUUUAAACAAUGAUAUGGAAGUAAUGAUGAUGAAAAAAUACAAACUGAAGUCAUGUAAUAACAGAAGCGAAAAUUGAACGCAAAAUCUCAUGUCUUUAUCAGCUAAGGUUAUUAAUUAUUAUUAUUAUAUUUUUAUUAUAUUAUUAUAUUAUUCUUAUUAUUAUUAUGAUUAUUACUAUUAUUAUUAUUAUUACUAUAAUUAUCAAUAUUGUUUGAUUAACGACCUUCCCUUUAUUAUUAUUAUUGCUAUUUACUAAUGAUUGCUAGAUUCACACUUCUAUAAAAAAUAUAUAUAUAUAUACAUACACACGUGCGCGUAUAUAUGUAUAUGUAUAUGCAAACACGAGUAAGGAGAAACAUAUUUAAGGCUUUAUACACACGUAACACGCGGACACGUUUCCUUUCAAGCGUCGAUUUUGGUCGUUCGAUAUAAAAGCGAAAGAAAGAUGUAGUUUUGUUUUUCUUUUUAUACUUCCAUUUGAAAAAUUGAACGCGAAUCGUUUUCACGAAACAUUGACCAUCCGAUUGCUGUCGUGUUAUAUGUAUAUAUAUAUACAUGUAUGUACACAUCUCUACUUAAGCUUCUGAGGAAUGAAAAAAAAUUCUUAAACGAUUUUUGAUUAUAAAUAGUGUAAAUUUUUUAUAUAGCGCGAGAAUGGAGAAUAUUACUGGUUGCGAGUGGCACCAUGUAUAAAAUAAAAAAAAAAAGCGAAAAAAUAUGGAAAAAUGGUAUAUUACACGUAACACGCGCACGUUCGUGUGCGAAACACACACACAUACAUACACACACACGUACACACGUAUACAUUGGUCUUUUGACUCUUUUUAAACUUGUACUUUUCCUUCGUCGUUCGCUUUUUUUUUCUGUUUCUGCAUUACGGAUUGUGCGAACCUCAGAUCCGUCUGCGAAAUUUAGAAUCGUAUAAAAAUGGAAAUGAAUUAAAGCCGUGUACAUCCUGUUCCUUGAGAGCGUGUACUCGUUGUAAAAUAUGUAAAAGUGCGAGUCGUGAUUCAGUAUUUUCUGUACACACGGUGGUUUUUUGGUAUAUCUUUUGUAAAUUUCUGUGCGAUUAUAAAUAUAUAUAAAUAUAUAUAUAUCUGCGUGCGUACGAUUCGUCGCCUGAGAAAUGGAACAGUUUUUUUUUCUUUUUUUUUUGUUAAUAAAGGAUCCGAAUUCGCGGAAUUUGUAACGCCAUAUAUGAACGGUAUCGAACUUACUCUUGCCUGUGUAACACAAGAAGAGAGAGAGAGAGAAAGAGAGACACGACCGACUGGUUCAUUCGUUUCUCUCGGGCAAAACACGAAUACUUUUUGUUAACAAAUAUUGAAAUUCGUUGAACAUUCUCUCACGUCGAAUUUAUUGUCAAAGGGGCAUCUUUGUAUUAUUAAUAUCCCUGUAUAUAAUGAAUUCGUUUUUUAAAUGUACUAUUUAAAUUUGAAACACUAGUUUCUAUAAUUUCAAUUGGAGAGAUCAUGAGUACAUUGGCGAGCGAUAGAAAUAUUUGUAACAAGUUUUGUGAACUGUUUGAGUUAUAAUUACCUUUGUGAUUAAUAGUUUUUGUGUUCAUAAAAUUAUCAUGUUCAGAAUUCUUUAACAACUUAAGAUUGACAUCAAUGUUCAGUUUGUGUAACCGACAUCAAUGUUUUUAUGAAACUAGUGUUAUAACAAUGCUUUUCAUGUUACUUUGCUGGUUACUAAUCGCUUGACAAUUAUUUAUGACCUAACAUUCUGCCAAUAACAUUCAUGAAAUUUUAUGAUACAUUUUGUUUUAUAUUUUAUUAAAAACAAAAGUUGUACUUCAAUGAAUUGCAUUUGCUUUUAAUUAAAAUUCCUGAGAAUUGGAAGAACUUCAAAUUGAAAUGAUGAAGUGAUAAAAUGGUGGAUUCAGCGUAUACAGAGAUAUAAUGCAAAUUAAUUACGUUACUGUCACCCUUUAAUCUUCGAUAUUUGUACCUUUUACAAUAAUCUUUUUCUCUCUAUUUCGCCCCUAUUUCUUCUCUCUUACCCCCGGACACACGUCACCGUCUCUUAAAGAUUACUGGCGAACAAUGUUAGGAAAGAA